UAUGAAUGUGCGAUUUUUGAAACAAUAAAAAAAAUCGAAGAAAACGAAAUGAGAUAUUAUAUGUGAGAUGUGUGCUGGUUGGUGAAAAGCUUGGAAUGUAUACCAAACUGUUGGGAAGUGGUGGAUUCCAAUUGAGUCCUGACCUGGCAUGUAGGCUUCAUGCAGUCUGAAUAAGUAGAUAUACAUACGUUGGAAGAGAAAGAUGGAACAACAAGCGGAACAUGCGCUGUCUCUACGAUUGUCCCUGGUGUUGGAGGACAUCGGGGUGAACAGGUUCAUAAUCGCCAGGAGAAGGAGGACGUGGCUGAUGCGGGAGACAAGGUUGACAAUCAGUAUAUCAUUAUUGGGUAAAAACGUUAAAUACUAUCAUUUUGGCAGCCAGAGUGAGGGAACUACAACGCCUGGCAUGCAAUCAGACCUUGAUGCAUUGGUCUGCCUUGAUUUCCCCGUCAUAUUGGACUUGGAUGAGUGGCAGGAGAGAAAGGUACAACUCCUUGUUGUCAAUUCAGAUCAGUUACCACCCCAGCACUGCUGGCUUCAAUGGCUGAGACCCGACAUUCAAUCACCAUGGACACAGCUCAUAUUUCCCAGUGAUGUAAUAGACAAUGAAGGCAGAGUGCUGCAUACGAAUUCACAGGUGGAAGCCAGAGAAAGUAUCAGACAAUUUAGCCCAAUAGGUGAAGUUGUGCAACAUGGACCAUCCAGAAGCUGGGAUGAAAAUUCAGAUGUAGUUUUUGCCCAUCAUUGUGGCAGUCUACCAAAGGAGUGUCAGUUUCUUUUCAACAGACCCCGGCCCGGACAUUGGCCCAGACCUGACACACUGGCCAGGGUAAGACAAACUGGGGUGUUUCUGGUGCCACACGGAUAUUCGGCGUCUCCUUCAAGACCAACCAGGUGUCGGUCUACUGCACUUCAUGUCAACCCAAAUAACCCAUAUUAUCCACAGUCAAACUGGGAAUGGAGGUUUUCUACAUCAAUGAUGGAAAGAUUGCUGAUGUUUGACAUGAACAUUGUGCAGUACAAGACAUAUGUAUUCAUUAAAAUCUUGAGAAAAACUUUCUUAAAGCCUGUUGUUGGAGACCGUCUCAGUACGUUUCACAUGAAGACUGCAAUGCUGUUCACAUUAGAGACCUAUCCACCAGAGAUAUGGAGAGAGGAAAACCUAGUACAGUGUGUGAUUUACUGCCUGACGACACUUCGCAGGUGGCUGAAGUUGAAACACUGCCCACACUACACUAUAGCUGGAGUGAAUCUUCUUACAGAGAAACUAUUCAAACAUGAACUCCCGAUAUUGUCCGCAAUACUUUCCUCCUUGAUGGAAUCCAAUAUGCCCUACAUUCCACAGAUAGACAUGGAUUUACUGGGAGUCAAGAUGCUGGGUAUAAGCAGAAGCCUUGUUUUCGAAAGUAACGAACGGAAUAAAAACAAUCAACUGAUCCUAGCAGAUCUGAUUAAAGAAUACAAUGAUUUAAUCAUAAGGCAUGAAGAUACCAUAGCUAAGUGGUCGUUGUACACAUUGGAGGAGCUCAAUUCACUCAUAACAGAACAGCUCCACACUUUACAACAAAUGUCACAACAUGGGACAGACUUCGAACGAGAAAUAACUACAGUGAUCAUGCCUUUGUGGUACGGAUCCCUUGCCUCUCUCCAGGCUUCAAGGUGUAUUCACAUAGGACAAUCAAUAACACAGAACAUUCUCGACCUGUACCUUCUGUCUUUUGACUCUGACCUUCUGUCUAGUAGACUAAAGUAUGCCUCCAUGUUGUACUGCAAUGGGCAGUAUGAUGCAGCAGCAGACUGUCUGGUGUUCUGUGAGGGACUGCUGGGGCCAGAAGUGUGGCAAUUAUGCAAAUGUGUUGGAAGAAUUUGCGUAACACCGAGCAGUAAGUUCUUAGACAAGGCUGAACGUUCCUCUUAUGAAGACACACUACAGAAGUUUACUGCCAUAUGUGUUAACUUCAUGCCGCAAGAAAGAUGCUGUGUACCAGAACAUCUCGUGUAUGAAAUGUUCAGAACUGUUGGAGAUAAGGACAAACAAGAGAGACGCCCAGCAGAUCAUUAUCAUUGGAUGGAUCAUGUCGUGAUUGACUGUAUCCCCUUUCUCUACUAUCUGCAAUUCCUUAUAUACAGGCAACUGAACAUGCAUUAUAGGAAAUAUGCAGCCGGAGCAAAUCUUCGCCAAUAUAUAUUUACGGAGAGUCAAGGCCAUGGUCACAUAGAGACAGCCUUAAACAUGCUGGGCAACUGCUAUGAACUUGAAAACCGACUGGAUCUUGCUUGGAUAUGCUACUCAAAAUCUCUUAAAUAUUGCCCAAGAAACAAUGCAGCCAAUUGGCAUGUCGCUAGAAUUGUGCAUGAGCUAGUCAACAGCUAAACAAUAAUUAUUGUAAAAAAUGUAUUGAACACUUUUAAGAAGAUUAAAAUGAACGUUGAUAUUUUCAAGUUAUAUUUUAGGAAGAUUACUGAUUGAAUAAAGAAGCCUGUCAGAAUCAAAAUGCAGCAAUGAAAAAUUAAAGACCUCGUUAAAAGGCCAAGUGGUUCAUGCAAGAGGCUUCAACAGAAGAAAACAGGAAAAAAGUGAUAUGAAAUGAACAUUUUUGUGUUAUCAUUGAUUUGCAAUCUGUCACAUUAACCAAUGAAAACAGAGCAUUGUUACAGAAAAAUUACAUGCAAAGUAGCUUGUAUUUUUAUAAAAAUCAGCGGUCGUUCUAGGAUUUGACGUUAGUGUGGGUGUUACUUAAGGGCGUAUCCUUAUGACUGGAGCGUCUCUAUUAGAAUCGAAAUUUAGUUUGUUGUAAGUGUUGGCAUGGUUUCCCAUCAGAAAUUGUUAUUGUAUGUUAUUACUUUUUCUUUAAAAGUGAAUAAAAAAUAAAUUUGGACGAUUUAAGAGGAGGCGCACGUCCGGUACCCCUGGACCCGUUACUGAUUUGAUGUAGGUUAUUAUGGACAUUUGGGUGUGCUAAACUCAGCCACAGUUUGCCAUUUUCCAAUUGAAGUUACCACCUUAAUCAAAUCAGUAUUGUUAUGUUUGAUUAUUUUUCAAGAGGCAGUGAUAGUGUUUUCAGGAAUUCGACACACAGAAGUUUGUAUGCCUGGUGACUUCCUUUGUUUACAGUUCAAUCAUGUGUUUAUGAUUUGCCGAAACUAAUAUAUCAAAUAAGUUUUUAAGCCUUUAAUGAUUGUAAAAUGUGUCCUUUCGUCAGAUUUGAUUUAAAACAAAGAGCAAAUAUACAUGUUGUUAAACAUUUACAUAUUACAGUAUAAUUACUUUCGGUCGUUGAAUAGAUAAAUUAAGAUUUUUCAGAGAAUUAUCGUAUUUGGGGUUCGGAUUUCUGGUUAAUUUAGAGUAAUCGUUAAAUGGGACUCGCUCAUGUUUUGUCACCAAAAUGAGUCUUCUAAGAAAUGCAUCUGAAAACACUAACAGUAUAAUGAUAAACAAAUACCUGUAGUGGGGAGUGUACCAGCGCCGGUACAAUCAAGUAAAGUAGAAAAACUUGAUACCAAAUGUAUUUGCCCACUAGGACAAGCUCAUAAGCUGACCAGGAUAUGUUAAACCUUUUUGAAUACAUAGGUAACAUCACAUGAUAUGUCAAUCCACUUAUCAUGUAACAUCAUUUCGUUGAAACCCGUUAAUAACAAUUUUUUAAAUCUAGGGCUUUAAAGAUAAAAUUUGAUUUUAUAUCAACAUUUGUUGAAGAAUUCCAGCCGUCAGUUUCUAAGGUUUUUACAUUUUCAAAUCAUUUGGAAGGAGAGAUUAGCAAAUACAAGUCGCUUUUAUUUUUUAUAAUGUUUUUCUUUAUUUGU